AUGUCCUCGUCCAGUGAAGCCAGCCCCGGCAACUGGAUCGUUGGCAGCUACACCGGCAGCAGCGAUGGGGUGCGCAUCACGAUCGCGACCUUUGUGGGUGUUGCAUGGUACAACGUGAUCGAGCUGAUUGUGCUCAUCUUCCUCACGUUCAAACGCUACCAGGGCCCUUACUUCUGGAGCUUAUUGAUCUCCUCUAUCGGCAUUCUCCCCUACUCCAUCGGCUACCUGAUGAAGUUCUUCGCCCUCACCUCCGCCACUUGGGUGCCGGUGACGCUGCUAACGGUGGGCUGGUGGACCAUGGUCACCGGGCAGUCCUUCGUCCUAUACUCGCGCCUGCAUUUGGUCCACGAGAACCAGCGCGUUCUGCGCAUGGUCAAGGGCAUGAUCAUCAUGAACAUCUUCCUGCUCCAUGUACCGACCACCGUCUUGACCUACGCCGCUAAUUUCUCCGGGUCUCGCGCGGCGAUUGCGGGGUACGAUAUCAUGGAGAAAAUCCAGCUCACCGGCUUCUGCGUCCAGGAGGUGAUUAUCUCCAGUCUGUAUAUGUGGGAAACCAACCGCAUGCUGCAGCUGAGUUCCGACUUGCGUAGUCGCAAGACCGUCAUGCAACUGCUCGCGGUCAAUGUCUCUUGUAUUCUCAUGGAUCUUGCGCUGAUGGUCAUCGAGUUUAUGAAUUUCUACAUCUACCAAACCACCCUCAAAGCCACGCUCUACAGCAUCAAACUCAAGCUGGAAAUCGCCGUUCUGGGAAAAUUGGUCUAUAUCGCCCAUCGGCAUGUCUGGCGUUCAUCCUUCACUGAGGCCCAUGGCCAGUACCCCUCUUUCGUCGACCCCACCCGUCUUGUUGGGGACUACCGCCAUCCUGAAUCUACGGGCACCAGCCAAGGCUCGAAGGGCUAUGCGACGGGGCUGGAAGGUAUCGAUUGUGAUUAUGAGAUCCACUGA